AUGGCUUCAAAUUACCGCGUCGUUGAGCCUCACCCUUCGGUGCCUCACUCCACUCGUCCCGCUGUUUUCACUGGCCGUGGAGGCUCCGGAAAUGUGGUGAGCCUCAAGAACACCAAGACCACCGAAUCUCGCACCGCAACUGGUCCGGCUUCGUUGACUCGCCUUGACUCGCGCUCUCCCCCUCGACCUUCACCUCUGGCCGUGGUGGCGCCGGCAACCUCCGAGCGCGCCAUCUUCAGCUUCGACGAGGAGCUUGAGCGCGACCUCCGCCGCGCCGCCCCCGUCUACCACGUUGGUCGUGGUGGUGCUGGCAACAUGAUCUGUCGCGGCGACGACUCCAGCAGCAACUACAGCCUCAGUCGCAAGUUCUCCGCUGCCAGCACUUCUACCAACAGCAGUACCGGAUCCGUGGCCGACCGCGCUCGCGACAUGGCCCGCCGAGGCCUGGAGAAGGGAUGGGGCAAGCUCAAGGGCACCGCAUAG